AUGGAUCUGAUGUUCUCUCUGCGCUGCAGACGUAGAGACAGCCCUGAGGACGGAGAGGAGAGGGACUGGAGUGACGAGGACAAGAAUAACACAGACGCCAUCUUUGAUCUGGAGGACCUAGAUCUGGACGGACCAACCACAGAGAGCUUUGCUAAAACCAGCCAAUCACGGAAGAGGACGGUGGAACGCAGCGCCAGCUAUGGCGGUGUGGGUGUGGCCUCAGCCUCGCGGGGCACCGUUAAACGAACGGGGAUCGAGACAGGCUUCGACCCGCUGUCCCUCCUGGCGGCCGAGUCCAAGUCCCAGGGGGACAGAGAGGACGACCUGGAAGUAGAGAUGGAUGGGGUCACGACCCCUACGGGCCGGCGCCAGGACCACCUGGCUAGGGAGAUAGAGAUGUACAUGAACCAUAUGGGUUCUCCUCUGAACAGCCGGACCCCCAGUAUGGACCUCCAGGACCCCUCCAGUCCCCUGUUCCUACACCCUCCUCCCCCACUCAUCACCACCCCUCGACGGGCCAGUCUCCCCCAUACCUCCCCUCUCAGGACAGGAGGAUUACCUCGCUCCAGGACCCACCACUUCCCCUCGCCCUCCCAGCCUGCCAGACAGAGGCUCUGGUCCUCACCCCCCUGUCCCCGCUCCACGCCCAGCCCGCAGCCCAGCCCCUACCGGGAGAGGGAGAGAGACAGGGACCUGGGUUUGCUGUCCCCCUCUCUGUCCUCCUCCUCCUUCGCCCUGGACCAGAUCCUCACCCCCACCCUGGAUGUGUUCAAGAGCAGCGUGUUCUCGGCAGGGAAAGGUGUGGCAGAGAAGGCUAGCCGGUGGUACUCUCGCCUGGCCACCUCCUACACCGUGCCUACCAAGGAGGGUAACUGUGACCGUCUGAGUGUGUCCUCUCUGGGCAUGGACCCUGACUGCUCCUCCCUGUUGGAUGUGGAUGAGGAGGGACUGGGGGACCCAGACGGCUCCAUCAUCUCCCCUCAGAGAAAUGGCCACGGGUCCCGUAGGAGCCCAAGGAGAAGCCCGUCCAGACGCAGUCCCCUGAGGAGCAGACUGGACAGUCCCACAUACAAACAGACAGGCUUUCCUCCCCCAGACUGCUCUGAUCUGGGCUCGUCUCGCUACACCAGCAAUACCAGUGUCUUCCAGAACUACGCCAUGGAGCUGUUGAUCUCCAGCUGUUCUCGCUGUAAGACGUGCGACGGUCUGGUGUACGACGAGGAGAUCAUGGCAGGAUGGACGGCUGACGACUCCAACCUCAACACCACCUGUCCCUUCUGUGGGAACCCCUUCCUCCCUUUCCUUAAUGUAGAGAUCAGAGACCUGAGAGGACCUGGGAGGUUCUUCCUGAAGAGCAGUCCGUCAGCGGACGAGGCUGUGUCAUCGUCCUACUCUGUGUCCACCGGUCUGGACACCGGAACGUCCACUCUGUCCACUCCCUGUCCCACUACUGUCCUGUCUCCUCUCUCACCCAGGAUCACUGUAGAGGGUUGCUCUGGUAACAACAGGCUGUCGUCGUCCAGGGCCCAGUGUAUAGAGAUCCCUACAGAGCGGCGCCAGGGGGCCCUGUCCCCGGGGUCAGCUAUGGUGCGGAGUGUCAGUGCAUUUGACCCCAUGGAGGAACCAACUCGACUCAACCACAAUGUACCCACUUCAGGCAGCCUGCCCAGCCGACUCAACGAAGCCAGCGACCCCCUGAGUGUUGAUAUGGAGUGGCGUCUCCACCACCCAGAACCAGUCACAGUACCCUACCUGAGUCCCCUGGUGCUGUGGAAGGAGCUGGAGUCCCUGCUGGAGAACGAGGGAGACCCUGUUAUCACAGUGUCAGCCGUGGUGGACCACCAUCCUAUCAUCUACUGGAACCUGGUUUGGUCCUUCAGACGUCUGGACCUGCCCAGCAACCUGCCUGGACUCAUACUGACCUCCGAGCACUGUAACAGGGGAUCUACGGUCCCUCGCCACUGGAUGUCAGAGGACAGUAAACAUGUGUUGGUCCAGAUCUUAUGGGACAACCUCAAGCUGCACCGGGACCUCAUCCAGCCGUUCUACAUCCUGUGGAACACACAGAGUGUGGGCUACCCGUUGUGUGGUCCUGUGAGCGAGGCGGAGCGUCCGUUUGGGGAGGAGCUACUCCACAGCGUGGUCAAGAGCAUCCAGAGGAACGACGUCUCUCGACCAAUGGGACAGCUCCUACAGCUGCUGGGGCAGAGCCUGGGGGUCAAGAGGCAAAGGAGUCUGUACAGAGACAUCCUCUUCCUGUGUCUGGUGGCUCUGGGAAAGGACAACAUUGACAUCGACGCUUUUGACCGUGAAUACAAGAUGGCGUACGACCACCUCAGCCCCAACCUGGUGAAGCUGACGCACAACUGCGACCGUCCGCCCAGCGCUGGGGUCAUGGAGUGUCGCAAGACCUUCGGAGAGCCCUACCUCUGAACUCUGACCCCUUUACCCCUGACGUGUCACCUCCGACAGACACUUCAGCCUCCACCCGGGCCAGUCACCUCCGUCACUCAGCAUAGCACAGCCGUGGGUAGCACACGUGGGUAGGGUUCAAGAGAUCUUUGUGUCCAUGAAAAGCGCUGUAUAAAAUCCAUGUAUUACAACGGUGGCUUUCCCAAAGAGGACUGAGGAUUGCUUUAAAGACGAGCUCAGGAAUCCCUUUAGAAAGACUUACAGAAUGUGUGAUGACACGGUGAUGUUUUGGGUCGUGUCCGUCACCUGUGAGAGACGUGACGGGGCUGACCAGAGACUAACGGAGCUGGCCGACCAGGGUGUUAUUAUGUAGUCUUGACUAGUCUCACAAAAGGGAUGUUUAUAAAAUCCCAUCUCAUCACCUGGUUGUUAUAGGUUCUGGACGUACCCCUCUGGAUGGAUGGAGAUUAUACUCAUUAACGUAACAACGGUUUCACACAUUUUGACGUGUUCUAUUUCGGGGUACUUAUGUUUUUAAGAAAUCUUGUACAAAUUGUUACAUAAAAUACAAAAUGUACUUUAUAUACGACAGUAGUAGUAGGGACCUUUUAUAAAACAACAUUUGUAUUAUAUAGUCAAAUUAUAGAGACUAAUAUCAGCAAUAUUUUACUUAACUUGAAUUCUAUUUAUACAAAGUAAGACUUUUAUUUAUUUUAGUCUGUUUUAUUUGUUUAGCUGGAUGUACUGGCUUCAUGUCAGGGUGAAACAUCCAUUCCUCUCCUCCUGUGGUUGAUGGAUGUACUGGCUUCAUGUCAGGUGAAACAUCCAUUCCUCUCCUCCUGUGGUUGAUUGAUGUACUGGCUUCAUGUCAGGGUGAAACAUCCAUUCCUCUCCUCCUGUGAUUUAUGGAUGUACUGGCUUCAUGUUAGGUGAAACAUCCAUUCCUCCCCUCCUGUGGUUGAUGGAUGUACUGGCUUCAUGUCAGGUGAAACAUCCAUUCCUCUCCUCCUGUGGUUGAUGGAUGUACUGGCUUCAUGUCAGGGUGAAACAUCCAUUCCUCUCCUCCUGUGGUUGAUGGAUGUACUGGCUUCAUGUCAGGGUGAAACAUCCAUUCCUCUCCUGUGGUUGAUGGAUGUACUGGCUUCAUGUCAGGUGAAACAUCCAUUCCUCUCCUCCUGUGGUUGAUGGAUGUACUGGCUUCAUGUCAGGUGAAACAUCCAUUCCUCUCCUCCUGUGGUUGAUGGAUGUACUGGCUUCAUGUCAGGGUGAAACAUCCAUUCCUCUCCUCCUGUGGUUGAUGGAUGUACUGGCUUCAUGUCAGGGUGAAACAUCCAUUCCUCUCCUCCUGUGGUUGAUGGAUGUACUGGCUUCAUGUCAGGGUGAAACAUCCAUUCCUCUCCUCCUGUGGUUGAUGGAUGUACUGGCUUCAUGUCAGGUGAAACAUCCAUUCCUCUCCUGUGGUUGAUGGAUGUACUGGCUUCAUGUCAGGUGAAACAUCCAUUCCUCUCCUCCUGUGGUUGAUGGAUGUACUGGCUUCAUGUCAGGUGAAACAUCCAAUUCCUCUCCUCCUGUGGUUGAUGGAUGUACUGGCUUCAUGUCAGGGUGAAACAUCCAUUCCUCUCCUCCUGUGGUUGAUUGAUGUACUGGCUUCAUGUCAGGGUGAAACAUCCAUUCCUCUCCUCCUGUGGUUGAUGUCUGUUAGAAAGUUCUAGUAGUAUUUACAGUGAGGAGUGUAACUGUCCCUGUUACUGUACCACACUGAUGUCCAUCGUAAACUGAACUAAGCUGGUUUGAAGUAUUGUAUCAGUGAGGGCAUUCAAAGAUUCACUCAAAACAACUAAAGUCGCUUUAAAACUGCCAAAAUGUUGCGUUAAAUACUUCAUUUCCCGCUGCACUUCACAACAAAUGUUGUUGUUGACAAGACGUAUCCCGAGUAUGGAUUGAUUCGUUUAUAAAUAUCUAUUACAGAAAUACCCAUACUGAGUCAAAUACUUUGACGUUUACAAAACUGAUUGACCUCUGUUUUUAAAGUAAUGUGCGAUUGUAAAACUGACUUUGACAUCUUUGGCACAACAUGCUGUAUGAAUCGGCUCCUCAGAUAUCAGUAUUAAUAUCAUUAAAGUGGAAGUACCUUUUAAAGUACCUUCGAGUUAAAGUUGGAGUACCUUUUAAAGUACCUUCAAGUUAAAGUGAAGUACCUUUUAAAGUACCUUCAAGUUAAAGUGAAGUACCUUUUAAAGUACCUUCAAGUUAAAGUGAAGUACCUUUUAAAGUACCUUCAAGUUAAAGUGAAGUACCUUUUAAAGUACCUUCAGGUUAAAGUGAAGUACCUUUUAAAGUACCUUCAAGUUAAAGUGAAGUACCUUUUAAAGUACCUUCAGGUUAAAGUGAAGUACCUUUUAAAGUACCUUCAAGUUAAAGUGAAGUACCUUUUAAAGUACCUUCCAGUUAAAGUGAAGUACAUUUUAAAGUACCUUCCAGUUAAAGUGAAGUACAUUUUAAAGUACCUUCAAGUUGGAGUACCUUCAAGUUAAAGUGAAGUACCUUUUAAAGUACCUUCAAGUUAAAGUGAAGUACCUUUUAAAGUACCUUCCAGUUAAAGUGAAGUACCUUUUAAAGUACCUUCAAGUUAAAGUGAAGUACAUUUUAAAGUACCUUCAAGUUGGAGUACCUUUGGGACCUCUGUGUACUGUUAAGAACAUGUAGUUACCCUUUUGAUAAAUGGAGGGAAUAUUGCUACACGACAGUAGGUUCCGUGUUUCAUGUCCUUUCAUAUUCUCUGUACUUCCUGUACGUGUGGGCCUCUCUUCAGGUGUUAUAAACUGUGAAUAGUGGGGUUAUGACAGGGAAUUUACAAGGAAAGGGUGGGUUGUUCAAUAGUUUUGAGGUAACUGUCUGUUCCCCUUCAAAAAACUUUUUUAGAUUUUAAUUUAUGUGUUUUAGAACCAAAAAAGAAUCUUCCAAAACGGUACGAUGGUACAGUGUAUAUACUGAACAAAAAUAUAAACGCAACAUGUAAAGUGUUGGUCCCAUGUUUCAUGAGCUGAAAUAAAAGAUCCCAGAAAUGUU